AUGGGCGCAUACUCGCAUUCCAACGGCUCCGUCGAAGAAACAACCUCGUCCACACGCUCGUUUUUUUCUCGCUUCGCCCUGCCGAUCCGCUCGCGUUCGCGUAACCUCGCCGACUUCCACGUCCGCCCCGACGACCCCCACCGCCAGUACUCGGCUGGCGACCAUGUCCGUGGCGCCGUAGUCUUGACCGUUGUCAAGCCGGUGCGCAUCACACAUCUCACCGUCACCCUACAUGGCUACGUCCGCGUCCACAAGGGGCCUGCCGUCAGCGAGCCUCCCGUCGCGAAUCCCGCCCUGUCCGGUCGGUCUUCGGCACAAUACCACGGAAAUGGUCACGCUUCGCUCUUCCAGGACGAGCAGGUGCUCAGCGGCGAGGGGAGGUUGGAGGCUUCGAAAUACGAGUUCAAUUUUGAUUUAGUGUUCCCCGAAAAGGGUUUGCCUAGCAGCAUUGACUUUGAACGAGGCACGAUUUCCUACAUGAUUACAGCGACUCUAACGCGUCCGACUUCAAUAUCGCCAACGACAUCAUGCGACCGAAAGAUUCAACUGGUGGAAAAGGUGGACAUUGGGCCUCUCGCGCCUCCGCGUCCCCGGACGAUUUACCUCGAACCGAUUUCCAAAAAGUCAAAAAGAAAGAGGACUGGCGGUGGAGAGAAAGCUUCGCUCGCUGUAGAGAGCGUUGACCAUGGUUCGGACAUGGAACAGCGCGAAGCAGUGACACCCGAUCCCGCAGCGUCAAACGACGAGUCUACACACGAUCCACUCGAGCAACCGCGGAGUCCAACUCACACAGAUAUCCAGAGCGAAGUCAGCGGGGACAGCACCAUAAGUUCCAGUACAGGCAUCAGCUUAACGCGGGCCGAACCCCGUUUAGGCGGCUCUCUGACAAACUCCAAGAUGCAAGCCGUCGACGAAAAAACAAUAACGGCUACUAUUGAGAUGCUCAAGGGCGGCGCAUUACCAGGAGACACCGUUUCCGUCAAGGUGUCUGUCCAACAUAUCAAGCGAAUAAAGAGCAUGCACGGUGUUAUUGUCACCAUGUAUCGCCAAGGCAGGAUCGAUACAGCGCCGCCGGCAUCAAUGUUCGCGGACAUCAUGACAAAAGAAGAGACUAAAAAGCUUGCGAAGGAAGACUACUAUCCACGGUCACGCACCGGUCUCGGCGGUCUGUCUCUGAGCUCCACCUCGUCACUGAGCGUUUUCAGGAAGGAUCUUUCCCAAUCGGUUGCUCCUCUGAUCAUUGAUCCAAUAACAUUGGAGACAACAGUGACAGCAUCCAUCAAGGUACCUGAAGAUGUUUUCCCGACGAUCAAAGGUGUACCAGGGGAGAUGGUCAGCUUCAAGUACCAAGUCGAGGUUCUGGUCGAUCUGGGUGGCAGGUUGGCGAGUCAGCUUCAGGGCGGCGGUCAACCGAGGGUGGGACAGUUUGCUCCCGGGUCCGCUGCUGCAGAGGGCAACAAUGCAGUUGUCAACUCUUGGGGUGGAAACGUCAUAGACACGGAUCGGUUACGGCGCGAAAAGGGCGUGAUAUCCGUCGUUUUUGAGGUAAUUCUAGGAACCACGGACAGCUCGAGGUUACGUGGCCGGAGUAAUACGGUGCGGACGUACCAGAUGCAUGAAGGAGCGGCCAGCGGAGAGGACAUUUCGAGCCCUUGGCCGGUUGACGAUAUUCAUGCGGACGACGGCGAGAGCUACUGGCCACUCGCUACACCUCAGAAUCCUGGUACCCUAAGCAGGCAACCUACCAUCACGAUCCAGCCUACGAGUCCGCCUGAGGAGAUGCAAGCGCCCGCCUAUAUCCCUCCACCGCAGGUGCCAGACGAAGCGCGCUUGACAGACAAGGAGCGUGUAAGACGCCAAGAAGAGAGACUGUUGCCCAGUCAACCGCCUCAAAGUUUGGAAGCAGGACCGUCCGGAGCAUCUGCACCAGAACCGAAUAUUUAUGACGCCGAAGACGAGGCACAGCCAGGUCCCUCGGCACCUCACGAGGGGCACCAUGCAGAAGGACAGCCGUCAGCGCCAACGUUGGACGACCUGUCUACGGCUCGCGAAGCUCGUACAGAGGACAAGCAGGAACUCGAACGACAACGGCUUCUGAACGAAGCCAGCGCGCCGCCAGAAUUCCCAGACGAUUAUGACGCCGGGCCAUCAGCACCACCUGGGGACGUGGCUGAGCCUUCGGCGCCCGCACUCAACGACGAGGAAGAAGACUACGGCGAGCAGUAUAGCUACAGGACUGAAGCAGCUGCUGGACAGUCCAGCCACGCAGCAGGCUCGGAACCCUUGCCGAGGUACGAGCGAUGA